AUGACAGAACAGCCGCCGACUCCACCACGAGACAUUUCCAAGGCAGUCGACGAUGCCAUCAAGUUUCUAGACGACAGCAACGAAAUCGAGCAUUUGAGCACUGGUCCAGUCAUACACACUGCCACCACGCGAAGACCCAGCGAUGACUCUGCCUGUGCCACGCCAUCAUCGUCACAAGAGAAUGCGGCAGUGCCUCCAGGCUCGCGUCGUGUCGACUUCUCACCACACCCACGCUAUCACAGCAUAGCGCCCGUCGGCCAGGCGAGCUCACCGCACGCACAGCUCCUCAAGUGGUCGCCAUCAAGGAAUGCGAAGCCUGUGAAAUCUAUCUUGAAGCGAUCUCACGCUCCGCCACCAACCCCGGACGACCUUGAAUCGAAGCCCAGUUACUUCUCACCAACAGUUCCCGGAAGCUUCAACAAAAUGUUGCAGUCAGUUCUUCAGCAGCUUGCUGGCCCUUCGAGGUCGGCUAGGUUGGACUCCUACCAGGCGCUCCUCGGUGCAUUCAAGGUCUACAAGGACCCGCCAGACGUCUCUGCUAUGCAGCAGAAGAUGGAUACUGUGAUGCAAUUCAUCGCUCGCGAUAUGGCGUGGAAAACGAUGGACGGCAAGCUGGACAAGGGCAUAAUCUCUCAAGCACUCUACCUCACAGGCACCAUCUUGGCCAACUCGAGCUUAAGCGGCGCUCUCGACGACGACUUCCGAACCUUCCUCAUCGACCGGUCUAUCGUAGUGUUGGAGCAGCCGGGCAUGCCAAAGCCGAUCAUGAAGACGCAUGCUCAUUUGAUGGGUAUUCAGCAAUUCCACUCUUCGCUCAUGACCCCAGGAAAGGCGGAGAAGCUGUUGAGCGCUCUCCAGACCGUGGAAGAGCGUUGCACGGGCAAUGGGAUCGUCACUGGCCGGCUACUCACCUACAACCGCUUGCUGGAACAAGCACCGAACGUGAUGCUCAGCCGCAUAUCCGAUUGGCUCCCUCAUGUCUUUCAUGGAAUGCUGAGUAGCAUCGACGAUACACGGAAGCGAGCUAUUGAGACAUGCACGACCGGAGGCCUUCGGCUGGGCACUUCUCCGAACGCAGCAAAGGCCCUGGAGGACCUCCUUCGGAGUGAUGAUGAAGAAGGCGAAAAUUAUCUGCUGUACCUCAGUAGGCGCUUGAGUGAGAUGGUACAUUCGAAAGAAAACGGAAAGUACGCUCCAAAGAUAUGGGCGGCUGUUGUUCUCUUCUACCGGAGCAAGCGAAAGCCGUUGGAGAGGUGGCCAAAAUUCAAAGCCUGCUGGCUGAGCAUCAUACAGGACUGCUUCAACUCCAGCGACAUCGACACUCGUCGGGAGGCUACUCUUGCUUGGAACAAGCUGGUCUUUGCAACUAUGCCUGAUGCAUCCACCUCGAGAAACUUCCUCUCAAUGCUGCAGAUCCCCAUCUCCUCGGCCCUCAACAGACGUGUGAAGGGUAGCUUCGGGGCAGAGUCGAAACGUUGCAUGCUUGACUGCUACUACAACCUCCUCCACUACGGUCUUCGCCCUGGUCUGUCCUUGGAGGAGUACGACGCUGCUUGGGAGGUCUUGGUCGAGCCAAUUCUCUCGACAAUGAUCAAGUUGGACUCAAAGAGUCGAAACGAUGCAAGCCGCAUCCUGCACGGCCUACUCAGUCCAAAUCCACUGUCUGGUGAGUGGAAUGCCAUAGCUGCUCUUGGCUCUGACCCCAUUAAGGUCGAAGAACUUCCGAUGCUGCAGCCGCGGUGGGUACGAUCGCGUAUUGGCAAGGUCCUGCGACUGGUUGAAACCAUUCUCGAAGCAACUUUGAAGAGGCCUGAGCAUCCACAUGAAGCGUUCGAUGCGGUAUGGAAGGUGCUGAUGCACUGCACAGCGCAAGCGGGCGCCCAGGAAGUGAAAACCACUAGCGAGCUCAAGGAAGCCAUUGCGCUGCUUGUCAGCAUGCUCCGGCGUAUCUGGCAGGGCCAAGCAGGAUCGGUCCAGGGUUCUGACUUCCAGGGCUGGAUUGAGCUUUAUACCUCUGUUGUAGCGACCAUGGCUGAGCAGCUUGGCUCAGCGCCGCUCGUCGAAGACAUUCUGGCCAAGACAGAUACCAACGGCAUUGAGGUCGCGCCUACCCCUUCGCAAAGACUACCGAAACACCAGAGCGCGCCUGUGUCUCCAAUGGUCAUCCUUCUCGGUCAAUACUACCAUCGACCGGCAGGAGUGAUGUCGAAUGAUGCAUUCCGCGCAUGCUUCGGCUCUCUACUCCAACGGUUCGUAACUGCUAGAGCCGGCCCAUCGGCCAAGGUUGAGUUCCUGCGGCGUUCCUUGUACUCGUGGGUGGAAGACCCCCAGGUCCAAGCCGAUCCUACGACGAUCGCCGACCUGUGGAUGGUGGUAGCCGAUGUUAGCACUGACGCCCUGCAACCGGACGUCAAGUCUCCUGGAGGCCAGGAGUCGCAGCAUGCAGCCUACGCCAUCCGCAAUGCCUUGGAAAUCCUUACGACCGGACUGCACAUUGAAGGUAGCCAGAAACUACAGCCAAGUCUGGCCAAUCUGUACAACGCCCUUCUUCGCACGGCAAAAAGUGAAGCAGGUGAUGGAGGCGUCGUGAUUGCUGUGAUGGAACCACUCGCGAAGGCUAUACUGGACGACAACGUCGACCACAACAACAUCCAGGCAAAGCUGCAGAUCACAACGCACAUGCUUCGCGAGCCGGCCUGGCCAAGGACGAGGCAAGCUAUGGAACAAUCACGGAAGGCGCUGUGGGGCGCUGGGCUGCCUCUACAGAAAGCAUCACUGUUUGAUCCCUUCGACAAGGUGUACAGCCUGAUAGUUGACCUGAUGACCGUCACUUACAACCAGUUUGAGGAAAACGCAGACUCGAUUCUGGACGUAUCAUCCGACUUUGUCACCUCGGUCAUCUGCUUCCUGCAAAAGGCACCCGUCUCGCUUCUGCCAACCGCCCUUCGUAAAGUCCAGGACGGCUUUGUGGUCUGGGUAGAAGCCAAAGCCAUGAAGACAUCGAGUACCCAGGCCACAUCGAUGCAGGCAAGCUUAACAUUACUGCCCCUCAAUGUUCUCAAAGCCCUCGAGCCUCUUUUGGCCGCCGGCUUUGCAAGCCCGCAUCGAAGCAUCGUGAAUGAGACCAUCUUGUUCUGGAACGAGACGUUCGGGAGCCAGCAAUCGUUGGCAUACCCUCUAAAGCUCGAGGCUGUGCUGAGGGCUCGCCUAGUCGACGCUGAAAUCGAUCUGCCCGGCUUCCCUGAGAGCGGCGAAGACAGAGUGGAGGCGUCAUUGCCGGAGUUCUUCGAAACGCAGAGCCAGCUACCUGGCGCGCCCUUGGGCUUGCAGGACCUCAGCACCACUUGUAGCUCGGUUGCGGCUGCGCAAAGGUCACCACGGCCUGUCUUCCAGAGAUCACUGUUUAUUUCCAGAAGCUCACCACUCCCUGGCUCGAUAGCCAACAACGCCAGCCCAUCCACGAAGCGUGCACCCAGAACAGGAAGCUCCACUCCAAAAGCCCGCUUGCGGCACAAUGACUCCCAGGUCCAGUUCGCUCCCAUUGAGUGGUCGUCACCAUUCCAGCCCGCCCACGAGUCGCAAGUCUUGACAGAGCAUCAGAAAGAGGUCAAGGCGCGCCAACUACAGAACGCUCAACUGUUCCCGGACUUGUCGUCGAGCCCGGUGGCUCAAUCUACUGCUUUGCCGAAACACGUUCCGAGACAGCUCAACUUCACUGCUCAUCGAGAUUUUACGGAAGGCGACGCAGCGGGAACGCCUACUGGUCUGCCUGAUGGUAAUGUCUUGCCGAGUGACGAUAUCCCCUCCUCACCAACGCCGUCAUCCACAAGGGCUGCCAGCCAAGGUCCUGCUGAAGCGAAUGACGACGAUGAUGCAGAAGACACGUUGGAGGAAGAGCCACCAUCUUCUCCACCGCAAGUAGCGGAUGAUACCAGGAAGCAAAUCGACCUAGAUGGUGAUCGGGACCUUCCGCCGCAAGAGGAGGUCUUCGUCGAUACGACCAUAGACCAGGACAACAUUGAACUGCCAGAGGCUGCCGCUCUGGUCGACAAAGCUAUCCUAGACGAUACUACCGAGGUGGAUGAGGAACCGCCAACAGAAGACAUGGUGUCUGCAUCGGAGUUUCCAUCUGACUCACACCUUCCGGAAGAGCAGCUUCAGCUGGAGGCGGAAGAAGCUGCCCGGCGUGAGGUGGUUGAUGUGGCAGCCUCUCGCAGCGAAGCUGAUGAUGAAGCUCCUGUUGACUCUCAGGCAGACCCAGCUCGUGCGGACCAGGAAGCCCUGGCCGAGACCGCCGACGUUGUUAAGGAUAGGCCACAGGACGUAGACAUCAGUCGAGUCGAGAACUCAUUCAUCGAGCAUGAGGAGCAAAACGACGAGACAGCCUCGCAAGCGACUGAAGCCAGUCAAAGCCAAUCGAGCCAGAAGAGCAGCAGGAAACGCAGGCGCUCUGGAGGCGUCGUCUACACUGCGAAGAAGGCUCGCAAGCAGCAAUCACCUCUUAAGCGGAUUUGGUCAAGCUUUGUGGGCGGCACGCAACAAGAUGACGAUGACUUGGAGGAGGAGAUUGUCGUGGCCAGUAGCCAAAGAGUGCAAUCACCUGAGCCGACCAAAGCGGAGGAAUCCGCAGUCUCCCAGGAGGAGCCUGUCGAAGAGCCAUCUCAGCCAGUUGGUGAACCAGCCCAAGAGGAGGCAGGGACGAUGCAACCGCCUCCAAAGCGGGGACGUGGAAGGCCAAGGAAGUCUCAGUCAAAGACGCCUACGCCUACUCCCAGCUUACCGGUGUCUGGAAUCGCUCGAUCGCUGAAGCGAAGAGCGUCAACUAUCAGCAAUGCGAGCAUUGAAUCCAGCCAGCCCUCUGCCAGCUUCGUCAAGAACACGCCGGCGCCUGCCAAAGCGGCGAAGCAUCAAGGCGGACAGGACACCAGGCACCGCGAGUCAUCGCAGGCUACCCAGACCUCUCAAAGCAACGGCAUCACAACACGCAAGGCUAAAGCCGUCGUCGUUCACCGGUCCGAAGGUUCGCAGCUCAGCCUGGAGCAGGACAACGGUCAGACGGAUGCAGAUGAGCUGCAAAUCGCAAGCCAGCUAGGCGAGGCCGCUGCAUCUCCAGAGCGUCCAAUUCUUACACCUCGCAGCAUUCUCGGUCGUCUGCGAAAUGUUCUAAGCGAUUUUAAGGGCAUGCUCAUGGGCUCGCAGGAGGAGAAGGAGUUUGAUGAUGUGUUGUUUGAGCUGAGGAGGGAGACGCACGAGGCUGCGAGGCGAGGGAGGGAGGCGUAG